CCCCCCCCUACUCUAAACAAAUAUUUAUUUUUCUUGGCAAGAAUGGAUUUCGAAACGUUAUCGCAAAAGCUAGAGUCAUCAGCACAUCACGUCGUCGAUCGCGUCCUAUCAGCAAACCGUCAAGACGUCGAAAAAGUCGGCAAAAUAGCAGCAAUCACCUUGGCGACCUAUGUAGUGUCUUCGAAAAUCUAUGAUGCCUUUGUAGGCCCUCUCAGUGGCAUUCCUGGUCCUUUCCAGUUCAAGUUUUAUAGCGCGCGAUGGUCGAGACAGAUUGAAGAUCCGCCAGGAGCAGCAUACACAAAAUAUCAGGCGUGGCAAACAAAGUACGGUGAAGUUGUUCGCUUGGGACCGAAUACAAUUGGAGUUGCAGACAAGCAGAUGUUGCGACAGAUUUUGUUUAAAGAUGAUAUUCCAAAGGGUCCUGCGUAUAAGAGAUUACAGCGUCAAGGAGGUGGUACUCUGUUCAGUACUGUAGACAAGAUCUUCCAUAAGCAGCGUAGACGUGUCAUUUCUCCAGCAUUCUCGGUGAAAUAUCUCAACUCUCUCGAACCUUAUAUGCUUAAAACGACCGAAUCUUUCAUCGGCCGCAUUGACAAAGAUAUUGCGAAUACGAACCGUGGCGAUGGCUUUGGUCAGGUGGAUGUCUGGAUUUUGCUUCAAUACCUCGCAUUGGAUAUCAUUGGUGAAACUGCCUUUGGCCAAACAUUCCAUAUGCUUGAUGGCAACGACCAUAUCGUACCCGCUACAAUUACCCGUAACAUGGAGACUGCUAACUAUCUUGUCACCCAUCCACUUUCAGGUGCAAUCAAGACCUUGUUUUCUUUCAGUGACAUUAUGCAACAAAACGACAAGUUGAAGCAGUUUAUGAAGAAAAUCAUUGUGGAAAGACUUGAAGGCGGUGAAAAGGCGCGCCGUGACGAUAUCCUUCAAAUUUUGAUCGACACACAGCAUGCCCACGACACCGAGGAUCGCUUGACAGCCGAUGCAAUUGCCCAAGAAACCGUAUUGUUCUUAAUUGCCGGUUCUGAAACGACCAGCAACACCACUGGAUUUGCAAUGAUUGAAUUGAUGAAGCAUCCUCAAGCGUUGGCAACUUUGCGUGAAGAGAUUGAUAGCGUCCAGAUGGAGGACGGUCAGAAAUUGUUCAAGCACGAGCAGUUGAAGCAUCUUCCUUAUUUGAAUGCAGUCAUUAACGAAAGUAUGCGAAAGGAUUCAAUUGCUGUCAACGGUCUUGAGAGAACGACGGAUCGUGAUAUGAUUUUGGGUGGUCGUCUCAUGGUUCCCAAGGGUACUGUCAUCCAUUGUAAUCUAUAUCACGCACACAUGAACCCCAAGUACUGGCCAGAACCGAACGAGUUUAAGCCAGAACGGUGGUUAGAAGGCAGUGAUAUUCCUGCUGAUCAAGAAGCAUUCUUCCCCUUUAGCAUUGGUUCAAGAAACUGUAUUGGCAAGGCGUUCGCUCAACAAGAAAUGCGUCUUUCCAUUGCCAACCUAAUUAGACUAUACGAUUUUGAAGCAAUCCCAUCGGAAAUGAAACGCUCGGAUGAUCGAAGAUCUUUCAUUACGUACUCUGUAACGAGCAACAGCUUCAAUGUCUAUAUGAAGCGUAGAGCAACCACCGCAUAGAUUACUCUAUUACCUGUUUCGUUCCUACUACCCGCUCCCUCAGAAUAGAAAAUAUGUUUCCAUCACCAACUAUGUAUAUCAUCAAGUUCGUAUGAAUUUUAGGAACUCUCUAUCAUAAAAGUUAGAAAAUUUAGAUCUUCCAUCUCUAUUGCUUUAUUACGUUGUUGUUCUAUUCAUAUUCUGGUGGACGAUCACAACUAACCGUAGAUACUACUUCUAUAUAAAAAGAAUACACAUCAACUAAAAAUACUACUCCACGUCGUGGUCGUAAUGCGAUGAUGUUGUUGCACGAGUGUCAAAGGGGUAGCUAAUUGACGAUAUCGGAAUUCAGUCCGCGUCUGGUGAUUAAAUGAUCAUCUUGAGUCCCAAUUUACUUUCUAUUGUUAAGAGCGGCAUCUGUAAAAUACUUUACGACCAUGUUAUCUUAAGCAGAGAUGAAC